UGUUUCACUGCUCAAUGCUCAGUGCUUUCUCGGUCUAACCAUCGAGCUGACGUGAUAACGUUCUCUAUGCUGUGACAGUUCGAAGCUGUUAGUGUUCGUGUGAACUUAUUUCCGUCAAUUAGGAACAUACCCAUCGGUAAAACGCAAUACUGUGAUAAAGUUUUCUGGGAAAAUUUGAAUAUAUGUUGGAGAUUGCUGGAUAGUUUUUCUGACGAAUUCUUGGUUCCUUCGAAUUGAUGGUAGAUUCUGGAUACCCACAACAGCCGUUCAAAAUUCUUUUCAACAAUUCCUAGUAGAAUCGAAUUGAUCCUGAGUCCUUCUCGUACAAAAAGUUCUCAACAUUGACUAACCUCAUUGAGUAGAUGCUUCGAAAGAGGCCAAAGAAACUGGAGUAAUGCCCAAACGAAAACCUCUACUGUGCAAAUCAUGCUACAACUAUUCGGCAGCGGGACCACCACCUUAGUGUUUUCAGUUCUUUUACUGCUGGCCGUCAGCUUCAAAGAGGCUGUUUCCAGUCUCAGAUACAGCUCGAGAAUAGUUGAUACACAGUCAGGUGGAAUAAGAGGAAUCAUAUUGGAACUGAAUUCUAGGCAUUUGGAGCCAGUGGAAGUUUUCAGGGGAGUACCGUACGCUGCGCCACCUGUUGGGAAUUUGAGGUUUGAACCACCACAACCACCAUUGCCUUGGGCUGGAACUAGACUAGCUGACACAUUUGGUGCUGUGUGUCCACAAAAAUUACCCGAUUUGAGUAAUAGAACGGCUGCCCUUCAGCAUAUGCCGAAGGGCAGAUACAAUUUUUUAAAGAAACUACUUCCACUUCUAGAAAAACAAUCAGAGGAUUGUUUGUUUCUCAACAUGUAUAUUCCUGGCAGUGGCAAUCGAGGCUUGGAGGCGCCCUACUCCGUGAUGGUUUUUGUCCACGGCGAGAGUUUCGAAUUCGGCGCUGGCCAUCCCUACGACGGCAGCGUCGUUUCGAGCUACGGCCAUGUCAUCGUGGUCACUUUGAAUUAUCGACUGGGGAUCCUAGGUCUUCUGAGGACACGACCCGCCCCUGACGUUGGAAGAAGUCGUUCGUCAUCAACCAGUGGGGGUAAUUUGGCGGUGAAAGAUAUUGAUAUGGCUUUGCGCUGGGUCAAAUUGAACAUAGCCUCAUUUGGUGGAGAUCCGAACAGAAUAAUUUUAGUUGGACAUGACACUGGCGCUGCUCUAGUCAAUUUUCUCCUAGUGGCUCCAAGUUCGAAAGGUCUGUUCAGCCGGGUAAUUCUGUUGAGCGGAAGUGCCCUAAGCCCAUGGGCGACAACACACAAUGGGGAGUCCAUUAGACUCAACGUGGGACGGCAAACUGGAUGCAUAUCUGUAAAUAAGACAAACGAAGAGGAAGACAUAACUCAUUGUCUAAAAUCCAGGUCCCUGGAGGAGCUGAUGGACGUCCAACUGGACACGGUGCGUUUCAUCCCCCGCAUAGCCCCAAGCCUGCCCAUAGACGAGCGAGCCCCUGAUCCCCUCUACGCGAUGGAGCACUCGUCAGAGACGUUCAUAACGUGCGAAGUGAUGAUCGGUGUGACGACGACCGAGUCCUACAAUGACUUCAACGCGAACGAUAUACAGUACGGUUUCGAGGAGGACCAACGCAACCGGAUAUUGAGGACUUACAUCCGGAACACCUAUAUGUACCACCUGAACGAGAUCUUCUCGGCGGUGCGAAACGAAUACACGGACUGGGAUAAGCCGAUACAGCAUCCCAUCAAUGUGCGCGACAGUACGAUGGAAGCCUUGAGUGACGGACACACGGUGGCGCCCUUAGUGCAUGUGGGGUAUCUUCACGCGAGGAGGGGGGCCAAAACGUAUUUCUUCCAUUUCAGUUAUCAGACCAAGGAGGGGGAUUAUCCUCAGAGACUGGGUAGUGUUAGAGGUGAAGAUUUGAUCUACAUCCUUGGCAUGCCUCUGGUUGGAGGUCAUCCUUUCUUCCCACAGAACUUCACUAGACAAGACAUGGGAGUUUCGGAAGCUCUCCUAAAUUUCUUCAGCAAUUUCGCCAAAUGCGGUGAUCCAAAUGGUUGUGGAACUGUUAACAAAGAUGUGCCAGAUUACGGCACUAUCAAAGAGAAAACUAGGUACAAGAGCAUCUCAUGGGAUCCCUACGAAGUUAGCACCCAAUAUUAUCUCAGCAUCACUUCCAAGCCGAAAAUGAGGAGCCAUUACCGGGGUCACAAGAUGGCCGUGUGGUUAAAUUUGAUUCCGCAACUUCAUCAGCCCGGAGAUGAUGUGAGCAUGAGGCAUCAUCAUUUCCACGAAAGAGAGCCACAUUUUUAUUCUGGCCCCGUAAGACCAGAAUCGUUGUCUCACAUGCCACCACCUCUUUUUCCUGCUCCUAUGACAGAUUCACAUGCCAAUGUUGCCAGUGGAAUGGGUGGUAGCAACACGGAAUGCAUUUCCAGCACCACUGAAGAAGAUAUUGGGGCCAAACUAGAUAUCAGAGAUGGUGACGUUGAAGAGAAUGAGGAGAUCCUCCAGCAACUAGCGUCCCGAAAUUACUACAGCUACACUGCCGCCUUGGGGGUAACCGUUGGGGUCGGAUGUCUCCUCCUUGUGCUCAAUAUGUUGAUAUAUGCCGGAAUUUACUACCAGCGAGAUAGACGUAGGAAAGACGAAGAUUGUUCGAUACAGUUAAGCUCCAUACCUACCUCCUCAGAGAUGAGCUGUCAACAAGGACUCUCAUGCGAUUCCAUCGAUCAGAAAUCGAAGCAAAACGAUGAAAUGCCCCCAAGGUAUUCCACGAGGGGUCCUCCUGAAGGCCAGAAUACCUCUAAGAAAGAGAAACCACUUCCUCCAGUCAGAACAUCGAGUAGCAUCUCGAAUGCUACGGUUAAAAAGAGAGUGCAAAUUCAGGAAAUUUCUGUAUAGUAUUUACCAUAACUUUAAUAUCUCAAGUUAAAUCAUUAUUGUAUUGUUUACUAAUAAAAAUUUUUCUUCAA